CUCGGGAAUUUCCAAAUCUUUCACUCUCUUCUCACACACGUAUUGGAAUCAGGAGGUGAAUAGAAGAUGUGUCUUGGCACCCCCAAAGAAAACAUACAUCGUCUUUCAUAUCUCACAACUCACCAAGAACAACUCAAGAGAUCAUCAAGCUUUCACUUCCACCAUCUACAAAGGAAAAGAGUUAUGGGUAUGGCGAAUUCACGAAACAAAACAAGGGUCUUGUUUGUAAUGCUGAAAAGGAAGAUGGCAAUGAAGAACUUGAAGUUGUACAUGCAAAACCAAUGCAUAAUUGAAGAGAACGAGAAGCUUAGAAGAAAAGCACUUCUUCUCCAUCAAGAAAACCAAGUCUUGUUUUAUCAACUCCAAAAUGCCAAAAUUAACAAACACAACAUCAAUACUGAUGUCAUAGUCUAGUGAUUAAUUAUCCUAAUGUUUUGCUAGAAUUCUAAGUUUCAACCCCUCCGUUGAUUAAAUAUUAAAAAACAGAGUAAACUAUCAAUAGUUAUUGUAUAAAAUUUGUGGACACUAAUCCAAAUUAUGAAUAUGAACUAUUAUUACAUUA